GUGGGUGUGUGCCUAGCACCGGUCACGUGGGCAACUGUCUAGUUCUGGUUCAUGCGUCUAUAAAUUCUCCUUCUUAUAUGAAGUUGUUCCUUUCCCACGUAAGACGCCGAGUCCAUCAACAGAGUAGCUACGACUUGUAAUAGAAUCAUGGCAGAAGACCAGGCUUUUGUGACUUUGGCGACCAAUGACAACUAUGCCAGAGGAGCCAUGGUCCUCGGCAAGUCCCUGAGGAACCACAAGACAACCAGGAAGCUGGUGGUGAUGAUCGGACCCCAUGUCUCUGACCCCUGCAAAGGAGUGCUUCUGAAGAUCUUUGAUGAGGUACUGUUGGUAGAUGUGUUGGACAGCGGAGACUCAGCUAACCUGGCCCUGAUGAAGAGACCUGACCUGGGAGUCACCUUCACCAAGCUACAUUGCUGGACCCUUACACACUACUCCAAAUGUGUCUUCAUGGAUGCAGACACACUGGUGGUACAGAACAUAGAUGAGUUGUUUGACAGAGAGGAGCUGUCUGCGGCCCCGGAUCCCGGCUGGCCAGACUGUUUCAACUCCGGCGUGUUCGUGUUCCGACCCUCCAACGAAACGUACAGCAAACUGCUCCAGUACUGCGCAGAACACGGCAGCUUCGAUGGAGGAGACCAAGGGGUCUUGAAUGGCUUCUUCGGUAACUGGGCAACAGCAGAUAUAUCAAAACACCUCCCCUUCAUCUACAACCUCAGCAGCAUAGCGAUCUACACUUACCUUCCAGCAUUCAAACAAUACGGUGGCAACGCCAAGGUGGUCCACUUCCUGGGUCAGACCAAGCCGUGGAGCUACACGUACGACCCCAAGACCAAGAGGGUCAGCGGGGACAUGCAGGAGACCUCCACACACACCAGCUUCCUCCAGGACUGGUGGUUCCUCUACUCUUCCUCUGUGGUGCCCAUGAUGGUGGAGGGAUACGGAGACCAGCCUUUCCACUCUGGCUGUGUGGAAGUUCAUCUAGAAUUCCAGUCCCCUGUCAAAGAAAAUUGUGACCACCAUGGUCACUGGCCUGGGUCAUGGUCACAGAUCAAUAGUCACAAGGAAGGUGGCUGGAAGGGAAGCAGCUCGUCACAUGACUCCCAUCACACUGAGCCAUACAUGUCUCCAGAGACAUCCGAGGAACGCAAGCAGAAAUGGGAGCAGGGCCAGGCAGACUACAUGGGAAUGGACUCGUUUGACAAUAUCCAGAAAAAGCUUGACGCUUUUCUCAAAUAAAGGGAAACUGAGUUUGACUGAUUCAGUUUAGUUAGUUUCACCCCCCCCCCCCCCCCCCACCCAACUCUCCAUCUUACCAAUAGUUGGUUCUCCAUAUUAGUGAGCCAUUACCCACCCCACCAGCUCCGAAGACUACAACACAAUUCUGUUACGAUGGGAAACAUUCUGACAUUGUUGGCAGAGGGCAUCCAACUGAGCAACACUUGUAUAGUAUGUUUUUCCUGUCAUAUAUGUACUGUGAAGAUUACGACACUGAAGCACCGAUUUAUUGACCAGCUUUUACAAGUCCUAUCUAGUUUUUUUUCUAUUUGUGAAGAAAAUGUUUAGAGAAUUAAAACUGCAAUAAAAUAUAAUAAAUAUGGCCUUGGUAUAUGGACAUGAGCCUUUUUCCACGUGUGGACACUUUGACAAAUGAAAGAAGAUCUAUACAGUACGUCUUGUAGUUUCAUAGAUGUCGGCGUGGCUAUACACUGUAUAACUGAUGUGAUGUCCUGCCCUGUCUGUAGUCUGGGCUUUCAGAAAGUGUUCAGAACUCUUGACUCUAUCCACAUUUAGUUGUUACAGCUUCAUUUUUAACUGAGAUUUUGUCACACAAUAUCCUAUUUUGUCAGCGGAGUAUGUGUGUUUAUUUAUUUUAGACACAUUUUAAAUUAACUGAAAUGUCUCGUCAAGUAUUCAACCCCUUAUGGCCUAAAUAAGUGCUAAAGUUGCCUGAAUAGUGUUGAACAUGAUUUCUGAAUGACUCAUCGCUGUACCUCCCCAUACAUUUAAAUGUGAAUGUAACAGAUUCAACCACAAAGAUCGGAGGUUUUCCAAUGCCAUGCCAGAGAAGGGCACCUAUUGGUAGAGGGGUAAACAUUUUAGAAAAAGCAGACAUUGAAUAUCCAUUUGAGCAUGGUGAAGUUACAAAACUUGGGAUGGUGUAUCAAUACAUCCAGACACUACAAAGAAACAGGCGUCCUUCCUAACUCAGUUGCCGGAGAGGAAGGAAACCGCUCAGGGAUUUAACAAUGAGGCCAAUGGUGACUUAACAGCGUUUAGUGGCUGUGAUUGGAUAAUACAAUGUUGUGGGGCCAUCCGCUACUCCACAAUACAAACCUAAUUGAUAGUGAAAAGAAUGAACCCUGUACAGAACAAGCAUCCUGUUUGCAAUAAGGCACUAACGUAAAGAACUGUACUUUGUCCUGAAUAAAGCGUUAUGUUUGGGACAAAUCCAACACAUUACGGAGGACCACUCGCCAUAUUUUCAAGCAUGGCGGUGGCUUCAGGUUCUGGGUAUGCUUGUCAUUGGCAAGGACAAGUUUUUUUUUUUUUUUUUUUUUCUUAGGAAACAGAGCUAUAAGCACAGGCAGAAUCCUAGAGGAAACCCUGGUUGUCUGCUUUCCAACAGACACUGGGAGACAAUUUCACCUUUCAGCAGGACAAUAACCUAAAACAUGGCCAACUAUACACGAGUUGCUUACCAAGAUGACGAAUGUUCCUGAGUGGCCUAGUUUGACUUAAUGCAGCUUGAAAAAGUCUAGCAAUGAUCAGCAACCAACUUGAGAGCUUGAAGCUUUUUUUAAAAAUUUUUUUACAGAAUAAUGGGCAAAUAUUGUACAAUCCAGGUGUGCAAAUCUUUUAGAGACUUUCCCCAGAAAGACAGAUGUAAUCACUGCCAAAGGUGAUUCUAAUGUGUAUUGACUCGGGGGUUAAAUACUUACCUAAUCAAUAUACUGUAUAUUUGUUUAAUUUUUCAUGUGGAAUAAGUCAAGUGACCACUUUCUGAACGGACUGUUCUGGUCCCUUAGUUUUCAUACCAUCUUCACUUCUUCAGCUGCUGUGAGGGAUCUCCUCUCCGGUUUGUUUUACCCAGGGUAGUUUUUUGUGUGGCCUUAACCCAGGGUAGGUUUCCAGUUGGCCUUAACCUAGGAUAGGUUUUUAGUUUGCCUUAACCUAGGAUAGGUUUUUAGUUUGCCUUAACCCAGGGUAGGUUUCCAGUUGGCCUUAACCUAGGAUAGGUUUUUAGUUUGCCUUAACCCAGGGUAGGUUUCCAGUUGGCCUUAACCUAGGGUAGGUUUUUAGUUUGCCUUCACCCAGGGUAGGUUUCCAGUUGGCCUUAACCUAGGGUAGGUUUUUAGUUUGCCUUCACCCAGGGUAGGUUUCCAGUUGGCCUUAACCUAGGAUAGGUUUUUUAGUUUGCCUUAACCCAGGGUAGGUUUUUUUAGUUGUCCUUAACUUAGGGUAGGUUUUUUAGUUGGCCUUAACCCAGGGUACGUUUCCAGUUGGCCUUAACCCUCACAGUUGGACCUUUUGAGUAUCUGUUACCCUCACACCUCCUUCUAGUGUUUGAUCAUCUGUACUCUUGUCUAGGUACUGGCUCCUAAUGCCGCUACGUGUUGAACCUCUUAGUUUUUAGCCUACUGCUGUUUUACCACCCCAAUGGUGCCUGUACCACAGACGCUGUCACAUGCUAAAUAAAGUACUUGUAGAAUAAA